GGUGUAUCUUUGACCUAUGUCCCCUCCUGUUAAUUACUACUAUAAAUACUUUGAGCUGUCCCUGCUUUUUCCAACAUUUGAAUCCCACAGCUAUGCCGAGCAAAACUGUUCUACCCACAGCCCAGGAGGCUUUACCAGGACGGGCUGAGACUCUUCAAGUAGCUGGUAAGAACUGUUCCGGUGUGGCUGUCCUGUUUUCAUAUAGAACACUAUUAAGCAAACUUUUUCUUGUUUUGAGAAAGUAGGAAAUGAACACAGUUAAUAAUCUCACUCUAGUGACCUUCCUUACACACAGAAUUUAUUAUCCUAAGUAAUUCAGUAACUCAACUCAAAGAAUCUGCCAGAAUAUUUGCCUUUUUCUCUAAUUAUGUAAUUUUUUUUCUUACAGCAAAACAUACUGUAAAUGGAAAUACGACAUUGGAACCAUUCCCAGCAGGCCUUGAACUGGCCAUGUUCGGUGAGCAUGCACAAUUAAUGAUAGAUAUAAUAACACUGAGUAAGCUUCCCUCUCCCAGGGUGGAAUUAUAUAUUUGUGACACAUUUGGAGGACGUUUAUCAACAUCCUCUGUUCUAAGAAGUGAAGCAAAAUUGUAAAUGAUAAGGCACCAACUGAAUGUCCCUGAAGACUACACUGGUUUCCAUAGUGAUUGCUCAACUUUUAGUACGUUAGACCCUUUUUUAGAACAGAACACAAUCGGUGUUAUCCACCAAAGUAAAAAUUGUGGGAAUUACAAAAUAAUUUAAGUUAAGUUGCCGAACUGUAAGCAUAGCUAAGAUUUUUUUUCUCAGAUUAUUAUUAUUUUUAAAUUCACUAUGAAUUCCUGACAAUAUCAGGCUGAUACAAACAGAAAAAUCAAAUUUGUUUGGAACUGAUACGCAGAUUAAAGGCAUCUCAGCUACAUAUGGUAUCACUUAAAGGAACACAGAUACAGAUGAUGUAUAACAUUGUAUUCCCAAAAUAAGGAAUAAAGUACAAUAAACAGAGGCUACUAUGCAUCUCUUUACAAGAAAGUCCACUUUACACAAAGUAACACUCCACACACACACAGCACUUCAGCUUGCUGUACUGCCUGUAUGAAGAUAUGCUCAUUUUAAUUGCAGUUCAUAAGUGUUGCUUUUUUAUUGAAAAUUUGUGCUUUUAUAAAUAAUUUCAGAAACACCUACCCAACUGUUAAUCAGUGUGCUAGAGUGCGUCUGCCUUCUCCCCCAAGUGUCAGUGUGUCUGUGAGCCCAUGCAUAUGCAUUCCCAGAGCUCACAGACAUCAAAAAUGUACUUUAUUUCCCUGGUGGCCUAGUGAUCGUUUCUGCCCGCUUAGGCAGGCAAGACAAUCAACGUCUGAGAGCUGUGUGCACACAGCUCUCCAAUCACGUACACAUACACAACGGCACUUGCCCACCCAGCUAGGACUUCUCAUUGAGUUGUAUUACAGCCCAAUAAGAAGUAAAUGAAUUGGAUAGCAAGCAACUUUUAAAAGCUGUUUUUGAUUAUUUGAGUAAUUCAGAAAGGUCUGUAAACUUUGGUUCCAGCCUCCAGCCCUGGAAUUUAAGUUGUUUGGUUCCAUAGACUCACAGUUUUGGAAUUAAAGGGACACUAUAGUCACCCAGACCACUUAAGCUCAAUGAAGUGGUCUGGGUGUCAGGUCCCCCAGGUUUUAAUCCUUCAGAUGUAAACAUAGCAGUUUCAGAUAAACCACUAUGUUUACAUUGCAGGGUUAAUCCAGCCUCUAGUGGCUGUCUUCCUGACAGCCGCUAGAGGCGCUUCUGCGACGCUGGAUGCGAAAAUCGCAUUCAGCGUGCAGAACAUCAAUAGGAAAGCUCUUGUCGCGCAUGUGCUUUCUGCUCCACUCGGGAGCGGACAUCGGCGGGGGAGGAGAGGUCACCAGCGCCAAGGGUGCCUGGCACUGGAUAAAGGUAAGUGGCUAAUGGGGUUUUAACUCCUUCAGCCCAGCGGGUGAGGGGGACCUAUUGGUUAUAUAGUGUCAGGAAAACGAGUUUGUUUUCCUGACACUAUAGUGAUCCUUUAAAUUCUAUGCACUCACAACCAUGUGUGAAUUUCUUACUCCGGGCACUCCCCUCCCCGGAGUUUCACUGUUGUUAUACAUUUACAGUCUUGCAAUGAAUUUUAUAUUCCUGGCAUCUACAGGCUUUGGAUAACUUUAUCUGAAUUCAAGCACUCACAGUCAUGGAAAAAAAUGCGAGGUGGGGGGCACUAUAGGGUAUAAAUCUUUGUAAUCCUAGCUCAAUAGUUUCCCUUUAAAUGUAAAAUUUACUUUGAAUAAUCAUUUUAAUGAAUAUAUGAUUCUCUCUUUAAAAUAUAGCUAUGUUGCUCCGAUUUGUGUCUGUAUCAUAAAUAUUACUAGUUAUUUUAAUGUUUUAUGUUUCAUUCCAUUUUAAUGCCAAAUAAUUUAAAAAUAUCCUUCCCUACCUUCCCCCUUUCAAACAACGAUCACUUACAUAAGGGUCAGUAGAUCAGACCUGCAGCAUGCGAUUAUCUUGACCGGGAGGAUGUUCACCUUUUUAAGUCAUGGUAAUAAGUACUUUAUAUGCUGCUGUGCAAAAACUUCAGGCUACUGUAAAUGUUUACAUUGUUUGUCAAUCAAUGUUUUUUUGAGGCAUACAUAUAACAGACAUUGUAAAUAUGGCAGUGACAUAUCUAGGCAUAAACUUUUCAAAUAUAACGAUAUUAUGGUCUAAUAGUUAUUAUUAAUAUUGCCAUUUAUAAAGCGCCAACAGAUUCCUUAGUACUUUACAAUAUUAUAAGAGUGGGGGAUUUAACUAUCAAUUGGACAAUUACAAAAAAACUUACAGAAACGAUAGUUUGAAGAGGACCUUGCUCAAACGAGCUUACAGUCUAUGGGGUUAUAACACUCUGUAUUUCCUAGUGUUCCUUAACUAAGCAUUGCUUUUAACAUAUGAUAGAAUGGUCUCAUAGCAGAAACAAAUCUGCCACAUGCUAAUCAAACAGUGGAACUCCUUCUGUUUGCAUUUUCAGUGACCUCUAGAUGCAGAAUUUAGUUUUUUAUGUUCUGUUUUUUGUUUUUUAAUAAUUUUAUUUGGUACAAGAAUGGUACAUGUACAGAAUGUUUUGGUUUCAUAAUCAUAACAAUCAUAAGCAGGUUGAUUGAAGAUAUCACAGAUAGACAGUGCCUUUCUUAACUAUAUAAAGUAACCAAUAACAGUGAAGAGAACCAGAUGAUGUAAAAAACAGAACACUCUAAAACUAUGGGGACCAUAAGGAGUGCAUGCAGUUAAGAAGAACAUUAUCAGGUCUACGCAUUAGAGAUAUAUACAGUUCAUUAACCCCUGAGCACAAUAUGUUGGAGCACAUAUUCGUUUAUCAUAUGUAGGUAUACAGCAAAUAGCAUAGAUAGUCAGUACCUAUAUAUAUAUAUAUAUAUAUAAAGGAACAAAUACAAGCAAAGAAAAGUAGCUGAUAAAAAAGAUGGUGUACUCAACAACAAUGGCUUCUGUAAGGAAUGCUCUCAUUUAAAAAGGACACUAUUCAGUAUAUACAUAUAGCUCGUUAACCCCUGAGCACAGAGGGGUGGAGGGAAGUCUUGCACAAACAAACAAGACAAGUAACAUUAAAUGGGGAAAAAAAGUAAGACAAAUAAAAAUACAGGUCAUGAAACCAAAUACAGUAGGUUAAAUAAAGAAAACGGUAUGAGCAUAAAUCUAGAGUCCUGCCUUAGUCAUCCUCACCUGGCAUCCAUAGACAUACAGGGCUCAACGGGGACAAUAGUUCAGAUGUGUGGGGCUCCACAAGUAGCGGUGUCAUGGUCCGGCAAAGGGUCCGCAAUAAAAAGGCCUAGUCCGCCAGCAAGGACACUUGCGUGCAAUAUUCCAUCUUUUUGUGAAUAGAAGAGGUUGAGAAGGUCACCACGAUGAGUGAUGGCUAUAUCUUGGCGACUUAAGUAAAUGUUGUCAUCCAUCAAUGAGUAGCGCUUUUCCUGGGUGUUGUGGAAGAAUUUUUACCAGAAGGGUUUGAAGGAAAUGUCAAUUUACUGUUGUCAAAUGAUUAAGCUAUGCUUGGAAUUUUCCCCCCACCCCCCAAGAUGUUCUUUGAAGGUUAACCUUAUUAAUCUUGCUUAUUUUAUGAAUCUAUAUCUUAAUUUUCAAUUAUAUUACUCUUUUCCUCCCUCCCUUAUAAUAUUACUGUUUAAUUGGAACACAAUUGUACCUUCCAUGCUCAACUCUUGCUUUGUUGAAUGAUUGCUUAUUUGUGUUAGUAUAAGAGUUAUUCCACAUAUAGUCUGGUUAAUUUAUAUUCACCAUUUAUGAUCCCCCACACUGCGUUUACUAUUGUGUUUUUAUACCACAUCUCUAGAUUGUAAGCUUUUUUAGCAGGGUCCUCAUCAACCUAUUGUUUCUGUAACAUUUUGUAGUUGUCUAAUUUAUUGUUAAAUUCCCCCUUCAUCAUAUUAUAAAGUGCCGCAAAACAAGUUGGCACUAGAUGUACUUAAGUAUUCAUAAGUUCCUAUUUUCUUAAAUGUGUUUUAUUCUAUUUGUAUAUUUUUGUUUGAUUAUCCAUUGAGUAGUUCUACACUACAUUUUUGUACUAUAUAAAUAAUAAUAAUUAUAUAUUUAUUUUUAUUUUUUUAAGGAAUGGGCUGUUUUUGGGGAGUUGAGAAGCUGUUUUGGAAUCAGAAAGGUGUCUUCUCCACACAGGUGGGAUACGCUGGAGGUUAUACCCCAAAUCCCACUUAUGAAGAGGUGUGCACAGGUAAAUGGCUUAAUCAAGAACAAUUAAAGUGAGUAUCUUUGUGAAAUACACAUUUUGACUUUGUUGGAAUUUCACUCACAUUCCAAGCUAGUCAAGAGAUAUAUAGAGACAAAUUAGGGAGUAUUUUGUCUCUGUAUAUGUCCUCCGUAUGACUUUCUCAAGGCAGACUUUAAGAGUCAAUAGACCUCAAUGCUGUACUCUUGCACAAGUUUGAGAGUACAGCAGUGACGUUGGCUCCUGGCGCUGAAGUGACAGAAGUUAACAAGGAGCAAGGCAAGAAAGAUGGAGGUGCCACGAGGGACAAGUUCAGGGCAAGAAAGAUGGAGGUGCCACAAAGGAACAGGUUUAGUCACGUAAUCUCACAUUUACCUGCCCCCCCUGUGGCCAGACCUCUAGUGGCAAUGUCACCGUCUGAUCAAAACGGGUCUCAACAGGCCAUUGUGGCACAGUCAAACUAGGUGUAACAGAAAAGGAAGAUUUUGGUUUCGCUGCUAUAUCUUCCAAUAAAUAAUAGUAACACUUUCAUAACCCCAGUACCAUACAUAUGUUUUAAUUGAUCGUUAUCAUUAUAUUGGGUAGGUCCUCUAGUAUCUUCCAAUAAAUAAUAGUAACACUUUCAUAACCCAAGACUGUGCAUAAUCUUUACUUAUAUCAAAUCCCUUUAGACAUUUCAGAGCUUUAGAUAAAAGCACCAAAGUGGCCCUAAUAAGUCUGCAAAUGAAAAAUAUUUUUAAAUGAAUUAUGCUCCCCUCAUUCUGUCUCAUCUUCACUCCACAGGGAGCUGGGACCCAUACAGGUGUAUUCACUAAAUACCAGAUUUUCCAUAAAUUAUAUGCGAAUGACAAAAUUGUUAAUAGUCAACCUACGACUAUAGCGGAGUUGGAGAUUUGUUUCCAAAACAACUAUUCUAGAAUCAGGUUUACCAUUCAGAUUUAUCUUGCUAAAUUCUGUGUUUGGUGAUUAACCUUAGUCUUGCGCAAUUUAAAAUAAAAAAAAUACACAAAACAGCCACAAAAAUAAUAUAUACAUUACGCCUGUAUCCCUGUCUGAUAUAUCUAUAUUCCUGAGCUGAGCGUAGUGUUUUGUUUCUUACCUGAUGUCUUAUCAGUUGAUCAUUCUUUUUCGCCUACAGGUCUCACAGCUCACGUCGAGGUUGUUCGAAUUGUGUUUGACCCUAAAGUGAUAAGUUAUUCAACAUUAUUGAAGAUAUUUUGGGAGAACCACAACCCAACAGAGGGUAACUAUUCCCCCUCCACCAGCAACAAAAGUUUUAAAAGCAGAGUCCAUGGAGAUCCUAUCUAUUAACUUUUGGGAUAUUUUAAAGCUCACUUGGUGAAAUACAUUAAAGAUGCCACUCAUAGGCUUCUCCUAUUUCGCUCCUAUUUCCUAAUUAGAUUUCUUUGGGCACUUUUGCAUUUGGGUUAUCUUGUUAUGUACCUGAAUGGAAAAAAAAAAAAUCACAAUUCUGCAUACACCUGGUCACAGGUCACAAAUGAAAAAAAAUGUAUUAUUUUCAAUAUAAUUAAGAUGGUAUUUUCUCUCAGUGAAGAUCUUAUAGGUACACUCGGAGCACAAUAAUCACUACAGUGUGUUGUGUUAGUUAUGGUGCCACGUGAUCUGGCGCAAACCCACUUUAUUUUGACUCCUAACUUUGAGUCAGCUUGUCUCAACCUCCAUGGAGAGCCAGAGUCUAGGAACUUCCAUUAGCACUCCAGAGCUAAACUCUGCUGUGCAUGGCCUGCUCAUUGGCUUAGAGUUUGGGCACUCUGCCGGGCUUAGCUCAAUGAAGAGAGUGUCUGGCUAGUGCUAUCUUUCAUUGUCAGAGUCAAAAUUAUUUAAUUAGACACUCUCAACAGUUUCACUCUUUUCCACACUCUGGAGAAUUCUGCUCUCUAACGUUCUAACCCCUUCCAGUGCCAACUGGAGAACAUAGCAGGAUAUGCCAAUGGUACCCCAUGCUGUUUGACUGUAUAACCCUUUCCUUGCAAUAGAGAAAGUGCUACAGUCUGUCAAUGUAAUCCUUUCCUUGCCAGAAAAACUCUUAUUGAUAACAAAUCUUGUACUCUGUCAGAUUAACACUCUCCCUUUUAGAAAAGAAUACUGCAGUCAAGCAAUGUAACACUUUCCCUACCAGGAUGAGAAUUCUGUGAUCCUUCAGUUUAUCGUUAUGUAUAUAGCAGCACUGUAGUCUGAAAAUGUACUUUCCUCUUGUGAGAGAGAAACUGCAGCCUUGCAGUGUAACCCUUUCCCUGCCAGAGAAUACGCGAGUGAAUCCUGUACCGGGUAUUCUAAUGUAAACUUUUUCUGCCCUAGAGAUUUAUACCACAUAUGUAAAAAAAUAACUUCAAAAUAGCAAUAUAAAGCGCUUUGUAUUAGACAGGGAUAUUCAAGUAGAUAACCGUUUGCAAAAGCUACUUAAUCAUCUUGUCUUAUCAGGAAUGAAGCAAGGAGUGGAUAUAGGGACUCAAUACCGUUCUGUGAUCUACACCUAUGGAGACCAACAGAUGAAAGCUGCCUUAAUAUCAAAGGAAACGUUCCAAAAGGUAAAAGUUUACAUUAGGGUACUGCAUUUGCUUUUGAUACUAACAAAAAUGUCAUCAUGAUGAGCAAAAGUAAUUUUAAUGUAGCACAGCAAUAUAAAUGAACCAUAGGUGUCUGCUUUCUGGUAUAGAGAUGUUUCAGGUUGGCUUGAUAUAUGCAUUUAUUCAUUUGUUUCUAUGUAUGUGUAUCUGUGUGUGGCAGUGUAUGCCUGGAAUGUGUGUGUCUAAUAAUAUGUAUCUGUGUGUGACUGGCAGUAUGUGUAUUAGUGCAUGAACGUUUGUCUGCAAAUGUGUAACUAUGUGUUUGUUUCAGAAUGCCUAUUUGCAGCAGCAAAUGUAUGUUUUUGAGUUUUUAUCUGAACGUGUAUGUAUGUCUGGCAGUCUGUAGCUUUGUGUAUUUAGAGUACAUUCAUAUUUGUGCAAUUCUUGAAAUAUGUAUAUCUGCGUGCAUGUCUGGAAGUACGUGUCAAGGACGCCCUGUGAAAUAGAUUUGUAAGGGCGUAGCUCACUUUCUUCAUUGCAGAGAUAGCUGAUACCAAUUGCAUAUCAGACUGAGCAUGCCCACAAAUGUAGUCGAGAAUGGAAAUACCGGAUGAGAGAUGCCGCUAUACCACACAACUGUUUAAGCCUAUGUGGGCUUCAUCAGCUGAUACCAAUCUAGGUACAAUGAGUACACAGAGGUUUUUAGCAGGAUCGCCGUUGCACAAUUUAAAUCCCAUUCACUGUCCGACAGGUGGACAGAGCAGGCCUAUAGGAUUCUUCUGUGAUUACAGAAACAUGCAGAUACAGAUAUCAAUGUUCGACCUCGCCUUCACCCCUCAUGUCUAGUUGAUUGCCAAAUCCUGCCGCUUCCAUCAAAAAAAAAAAUAGCUCGUAUCCGCCCUUAUUUAACACCAGACGCAGCUAAGGUGCUGGUCCAUGCCGUUGUUCUUUCUCGCCUUGACUACUGCAAUCCCCUUCUCAGUGGUCUUACGUGUUCCCAGAUUGCACCGCUGCAAACUAUAAUGAAUGCGGCGGCAAGGCUAAUUUUUUUCUGUCUGCCCGCACCUCACACGCCUUCCCUCUCUGUCAGUCUCUGCAUUGGCUUCCAGUUAGAUGUAGGGCUCAAUUUAAGAUUCUGGUGCUUGCUUACAAGUCCCUACAUAAUGCUGCUCCAAUCUACCUACCCUAACACACAAGUAUGUCCCGUCGAGGCCCCUGCGCUCUGCCGAAGACCUACGUCUAUUUUCUGUCCAUACUCCAACAUCUGAUGCUCGCCUCCAAGACUUCUCCAGGGCUGCACCUUUAUUAGUGGAACUCCCUUCCCUUCUCCGUUAUACUUUCACCCAGUCUCCACUCCUUUAAAAAAAAACUUUAAAAACACACUUCUUCAGGAGAGCAUAUCAUUAAAACUGUUAGCGGGUUUUCAUUCUCCUCUCCUGUAACUGUCAAAAAUAACCUAAGUUCAUUACCCCUACAUAUACCCUUUGUCAGGGCCAGCGCUACCUGUUAGGCGGACUAGGCAGCUGCCUAGUGAGCCACUUGGGAAGGGGCGCCGCCAGGAGCGUCGGCCCCCCUCAUGCUGCAGCCGUCCGAGCGCUCUGUAGAGAGCCUCAGGCGUCUGCAGCUUUGCCCGGGCUGGUGCAUCCAUGAGGGCGCACCGCCCCGGGUGCAGCAUGAGGAGAGGGGCUGACAGGAGGGAAGCGCUCAGACCUCCAUCCUGUCACUCCCUCACUGUAGCGUUGCCAAGCUCUGUAUGGUCCGCGGGUACAGGGAGCAUCGGUCUCCUGUACCCGGCUGGACUAAUAGGAAGAGGGGGGAGGGAGAAAGAAAUUGACAGGGAGGGGGGAGAAACACUAUAGUGUCCCUGCAGGCUUUUUAAUGUAAACACGGCGGCACUGCAGCACUGGCGUUAGUUAACAUGGCAAAAUCAUAUGGGUGGGGCAUUGUGAUGUCACAUGGGGGGGCGGCACACUUUAGUUUUGCCUAGGCCUGCCCUUUGUGUAACUAUACCCCACUCCCUCUAGCAUGUAAGCUCAUUGAGCAGGGCCCUCAAUCCCUCUGUUCCUGUGUGUCAGUUUGUCUGGUUACAAUUACAUGUCUGUUAGUCCACCCAUUGUACAGCCCAACAGAAUUUGCUGGCGCUAUAUAAAUAAUAAAAUAAUAAUGUAAACGUCUUGAGACUGUGUAGUAAUUUAUGUUGUCAUGUUACAGUACAACCAGCAGAGGGUGUGUUGGGCCAGCAAUUGGAUCCAAAGACUGCUGACCGCAUCCUUUGUGGACUAUAUUUCUAUAGUUCCUAUAUAUAUCUGUCGAUUGUAUUAAGCAUGGGUGUAAAGACAACAUAGGGGGAUGACACUAGGUCGUCAUCCCCCAGAAGUCAUAUGUUUUACAAAGAUAAGAAAAACAAAACAAACAUAUUUUAAGAGUUAUUUUGUCUUUUGAAAAUUGCAGAAAUGUAUGCUCCCAAAAAUGGGGCUGAGAUAAUUGUGGACUGCCCCCCCAGAUUUUUUUUGGCUCUUACGUAUGUAGAUCCCUAUAUGUUUUACAAAUGUAACUCGAAUUAGGACCAGGUAGAACAUCGGAAGAUGUACUUUUCAAAUACCCCUGAAAUACGUGUUUAUUCACCUGUCUAGAAAGGCAAUGCAUAGAGAAUAAAAUCUAUCUAACAAAACAUUACUGAAAACAAUACUGUAAUGGUCAGUUACUAAAUGGGAAUAUUAUACUCUAAACUACUGCAUGUUUUACAUGUGUCAAUGCAUCGUAGACUAAACGUAAGGUUACAUUAGUAAUUAUUUUUUUACGUUUAAGUGCCAUUCUAAAGGGGUUUUACUGUUGGUUAUUUAUGCUGUUAUAGGCAUAAUGCAUUCAAUAAUGUUUUUAGAAUGUCUUCUUUUUUUUUAUUUUUAAAGACUUUUUUUAGAAUGUCUUUUUUUUUUUUUUUAGACUUCAAAUGUCCCUGUCAUACCUGCUAAUGUUAAUCUGUAUCAUCAAAUCUUCUUAAGGAUAAAAAGUUUAAGUGUAUUGAAAGCUGUUAAUUAACAAAUGUGACUGCAACUUUUUUAUAUUGUUGUAUCAAUAUAUUUAUAGCAACUUGCAAGAUGUAACUGGGGCGCUGUCACCACAGAGAUCCACCCUACUCCUGUCUUCUACUAUGCCGAGGAUUACCACCAGCAAUACCUGCACAAAAACCCAGAAGGCUACUGUGGCAUUAAGGGGACCGGAGUCACAUGCCCAAUGGGGAAUUAAUUUUUUCAUACACAGAGGCCCUACUAUCCCUAAGAGAUCUUCCUGAUGUAAUACAAUAUCCAGAUGUAUUCCCAACCACACAAUGACUAAUAUUAUAGCUGUAUUUUAAGAUUUUAAAGGAUAAUUAACUAGGUUUGUCUCUCAGUUAUUUAAAAAAGUGAGAAUUCAAAGUGAAUUUAAAAUUUCAGACAAGAGGAGCCGAUCUGAAAGAAUAGCUGACUUACAGAAAUGUUCCUGUUAUUUUGACCUUAAAUUUACUUUGAAUUUGCAGUUUAGUGAAUUACCCUGUCUGUAUCUCUGCAUUCACCUAUACUGACCGUUGUUCUGGUGUUUAAACCCAAGCUAUUAUUAUAAGGGUUAAUUGUGAACAUACUCCUAUGAUGCACUUGAUGUAGCAUGUAGAUCACCAUCCUGUAUGAUUAAGUCAUGUUAAAAUUAGGUCAUGUUUUAUCUCCCACACAAACAAAUCUCUUCUACUAUUCUAUACCUUUCAUUGGAAGUUUAUUUUCUUGUUAUAUGGUGGCUUUUAUUAAACAAGUUUCCCUAAUUCUGCAUA